UUCCCCAGAAAUCUUCAAAUAAUGGAAACUGGGAAUCAUUCUGCAGCAGUUGUGUUUGUCUUGUUGGGAUUAACACAGCAGCCUGAGCUCCUGCUGCCCCUCUUCAUUCUGUUCCUGGGCAUCUAUGUGCUGACAGUAGUUGGAAAUUUGGGCAUGAUCCUGCUCAUCACAGUCAGCCCACUGCUACACACUCCCAUGUACUAUUUCCUUAGAAGCUUAUCCUUUGUGGAUCUAUGUUAUUCCACUAUCAUUACACCCAAAAUGCUGGUGAACUUCCUUGGGAAGAAAAAUUUGAUUAUCUAUUCUGAGUGCAUGGCACAGCUUUUUCUAUUUGUGGUCUUUGUGGUGGCUGAGGGUUAUCUCCUGACUGUUAUGGCAUAUGACCGGUAUGUGGCCAUCUGCAGACCAUUGCUGUAUAACGUGAUCAUGUCCCCUCGACUCUGCUCACUGUCAGUGCUGGUUGCCUUUAUCUUAGGCAUUUUUUCUGCCUUGGCACACACAAAUGCUAUGAUGAAUCUGAGCUUCUGUAAAUCCCACAUCAUAAGCCAUUACUUCUGUGAUGUUCUCCCCCUCCUUAGCCUUUCCUGUUCUAACACACAUCUCAAUGAACUUCUUUUAUUUAUUAUUGGAGGGAUCAACACCUUAGUGCCUACUCUAGCUGUUGCCAUCUCCUAUGUCUUCAUCUUCUGUAGCAUCCUGCGCAUCAGUUCAUCAAAGGGCAGGUCCAAAGCGUUUGGAACCUGCAGCUCUCAUCUCAUGGCUGUGGGUAUCUUCUUUGGGUCUAUCACGUUCAUGUAUUUCAAGCCUUCUUCAAGUAACUCUCUUGAGCAAGAGAAGGUGUCUUCUGUGUUCUAUACCACAGUGAUCCCCAUGCUGAACCCAUUAAUAUAUAGUUUGAGGAACAAAGAUGUGAAAAAAGCACUGGGCAGAUUCUCGAUAGGGAAGUAA